AUGACCAGCAACAGACCCAGCAGGAACAUAAAGACACGAUCGGCAGUGGAAAAGGCGAGAUACAAGGCCCAAAAUGGCGACAACAUCAAGCCGGACCAACUAAGGCACUCAACCACGAAAGGGGGAACCUCCCGAGCACAGGAGGCGACAGAGACCGAGACGCACUCGGGUACCUAA